CACUCGCAAAGUCAUUGCACAUACCCCCUUCCCGAGGUCUGCACGCGCAAUUUUCAAACAUGACCUGGUAUCCGAUCGACAAGACCGAGAGGUGCCUGAUGCACAACUCCGCGGGGGUCGCCUACGAGUCGCUCCCCUGCCUUUACGAGAACACCAUCGGCCUGACCUAUACGAGCAUCGAAAAGGGCUACAACCCCAUCAACGUCCGCGACAGCAUGACGGAAAACCCCUGGGUUCCGGUCCUGGCCAUUGCCAUGUACGGGAUCAUGAUCGGGGUCGGCCGAACCUACUUUAGCACCCGGGAGGCCUGGAGCUGGAGGACCGCCCUCGCCCUCUGGAACCUGGGCCUCUCGGUCUUUUCGCUGAUCGGUUUCUGUCGGGUCGCCCCGCAGCUGAUCCACAACCUCUACCACUACUCGCUCUCGGAAAACGUCUGCUUCGAUCCCGAGCAGAUGUACGGGUCGGACCGGAUGGUGGGAACCUGGGUCCAGCUCUUUGUGUUGAGCAAGUUUCCGUAAGUUGGACUGGAGUGAAUCCGUAUCGGGAUGGAUUCGGUAUUGAGUUGGUCGCUUUCGAUAGUUGCAAUCCAUUGGUAGUCGUCAUCUCUCGGAGGUGACCGAUUGCUCGUUACCAAAAGAGACGCUUUGUGUCCGCGAUGGUAGUUGACACCCAUGACUGAUAUCUGACUUUGUUCCAUUCCUCUUGUUUUCCAACCGACAAACAAAACACACGAACAAACGUUUCAAUGAACGAAUGCAUGUAUGAAUCACCACUACCACCAAUGCAACAAAAACACAACUUCUUGCUUUGCCGACAGUGAAUUGAUCGACACCUUCUUCAUCGUCAUCCACAAAAAGCCGCUCAUCCUGCUGCACUGGUACCACCACAUCUCCGUCCUGGCCUACUGCUGGCACUCCUACGUCACUAAGGCGCCCCCCGGGAUCGUCUUUUGCGUCAUGAACUACGCGGUGCACGCCAUUAUGUAUUUCUACUACUUUUUGAUGGCCGUCAAGCGCAAGCCCAAGUGGUUCAACAGCAUGUACAUCACCGUCUCGCAGAUCUCGCAGAUGGUCGUGGGGGUCAUCGUCACCAUCCUGGGCUUUGUCGUUCCCCCGCUCUACACCAGCUCCACCGGCAACGAGUGCCACAUCAAGAAAGAAAACAACGCCGCGGCCCUGAUCAUGUACGGGAGCUACCUGAUGUUGUUCCUGCAGUUCUUUUUCAAGCGGUACUCGGGCAAGGGGGGAAAGACGAAGGCCACCAAGAAGGACUAACAAACCAGCGCGCAGACCAAGCCAAACGAAUGAACAACACGAAACCGA